UCCAAAAGCUUCCAGACAGAAGGCUCCCAUCUGAGAAUCGGUGGUUAUAUCAGAACACAUACAGGCCAGUUCUGAAGUCCAGUGGGCACACUGUGUGUCAGAGAUGCAUCUCGUCUGAGGAGAACUGAAUGGAACGUUCUGUUUAUUGGCGUUUUACUCCAGAAAAGAUGAUGAAUUACCUCCUCCUCGUUCUGCUUGCGGCCUUCCAAGUGGACGCUCUGCCAGGCUCCUGCAGCUUUGAAGGCAACACCUGCGAUUACACCGCUGACCCAGCCGGACUCAGCUGGACAUUCAGCUUCACCGGGCACUUCAUCACAGUGGAUGAGAGCCCCCAGGAAGAGCAGAAGAAAGAGAAGGCGGUGCUGGUGGGUCCUGAAGUGGCGCAGCAGGAUUGGAGCUGCCUCCAACUGGUCUAUCAGCUGACAGGCAGUGCUUCAUUGCAACUUCUGAGACGAUCAGAGGGAGAGAGCUUUGACCACAUGCUGUGGUCAGCUCACAGUCCCUCUGAAAGCUGGAACAUCGCAAGUAUAGACCUCCAGAAUUCCACUGAACCGUACAAGAUUGUCAUUGAGGGCAGACCUGGAUCUUCUGAAGGCAGCAGCGUGUCCAUUUUUGAGGUUGCUAUUUCAGAAAAAUACUGCAUAGAGUGUGACUUUGAGGAGUCUCAUCUGUGUGGCUACACUAACCAGUGGAACAGCAAUGUGAACUGGUACGUGGGGAGAGGAGUUCCAAAUGAGGCUACUUACAGUGACAGGCCAGGCCAAUACAUGUAUGUGGAUUCAGUCCAUGCAAAGACUUUGCAGGAUGUGGCCAAGCUGGUGACUCCCAUGACGACGGUACCCAUGUCGGGCUGUUUGAGCUUUCAGUACCAGCAGGACCAUGUGGAGGGUCAUCUGUUCUCGGUCUACAGCAGGGACCGGGCUGGACAGUACCAGGAGCUGUGGAAAGCAGAUCUGCCUGAGAGCAACCACGUGGACUGGAGGGCAGAGACUCAGGUGUGGAUUCCUGUACAAGUGGCACUGAGAGCCCCUUAUCCCAUGGAGGUGGUGUUUGAAGCAUCAUUCAACAGCCUGAAAGGGGGCCGUGUACUUCUGGAUAAUAUUUCCUUUUCUCCUGAGUUCUGCAGUGCAGAAACAGAACCCACAUUCGAUCCAAAGGUGGCAAACUGUGACUUUGAGCUGGGCAUCUGUCAGUACACUCAGAACUCAGAAAACAGAGAGAUGUGGAAGAGAGUGUCAGUUCAGCCCAACAUCUACAGAAUAGGAGACCAUACCACAGGAACAGGGUCAUUCUUGUUGGCGAAUUCACACUUCACAUUGCAGUCAGGCUAUGUCAGCCAGCUUUAUGGGCCACCGCUGCCAGGAAACCAGAAGUACUGCCUGAGGUUCUUCUACUCUCUUAGGGGUUUCAGCAAAACUAAUCAAGCAUUGGCUGUCUAUCUGUAUGACACAGCUAGUGCUAAACAAGACAAAAUAUGGACCCAGACUGGACAAACCAGCGAUGUUUGGAUACAAGUUGAACUCACUAUCCAGAGUCAAAAAGCUAUCCAGCUGGUGUUCAUCAGUACAUGCAAGAGCUUUUGGACUUGCAGCUCUGUUGGUCUUGACGACAUUAGUGUCAGUCUUGGGGAUUGUGAGCUGCCGUUAGGACCUCUACGUGUUCCUUCUUACUGCGACUUUGAGACUGGGUUGAGUGGGUACACUCAGGACAAACAGGGCGAUGAAGCAGACUGGGUUCUGAUCAAAGGGCCGACCCCAACGUCUUACACAGGACCUAAAGGAGAUCACACAACUGGAGCUGGUCACUAUUUGCACAUUGAGGCGUCCCUGAUGCUGCCGGGUCAUAGAGCCCGCCUUGCCUCCAGUCUGCUUCGUGGUUCUAGAGGACCCCAGUGCCUGCUGUUCUUUUACCACAUGUACGGCUCUGGCACAGGCCAACUUAGCAUUCUGCUACGCUCAGACCUGGAGGAAAAAGACAGAUUGCUUUGGGUCCGCAAUGGAGAACAGGGCAUCUCCUGGUUCAGAGCAUCAGUGAGUUACCAGCAUGACCAUCAACACCAAAUCAUUUUUGAAGCCACACGUGGGCCUUCAAUAAGAAGUGAUAUUGCCAUUGAUGAUAUCAUAUUUCAAAAGGGACCCUGCAAAGAUGCUGACCAGCAAAUUUCACAUAUUAGCUUGUUCGGAGAUCAAAAUAUCAUUGAAUGAAAGACUAAAUGACACAACAGAGUCCAGCAGUGCAGCUGAUAAAUGUAACCUAUGUAAAAAAAAAAACACUUGACAAAGGGGAAACCAGUGCUUUAUAACAAAUAAUAUAUGAGAUAUCAGUCAUAGCUGCUUCUUUUUAUAUAUAAAAUAACUAAAAUAAGUUUUGCUGUUAGGAGUAUCAGAUUCAGUACCAGAUUGCUUGUUUGGCAUGACAGUGUCAUGACAAUGUCAUUAGUUUACCUGUUUAAUCAAACUACUUUUGCAGUCUUGAUUCCUGGUUUAUGCAUAUCAUCAAACAUUAAAAAGUAGGUGUAGUGAUUUUGGAGAAUAUGUAAUAAAGACAAACUUAUUUACACGUGUA